GAGUAGGCUGGAUUGUGAUAGCGACAGAUGUCUAGAAACCUGUGAGGGGGCACUCCUCAGUUACAACACAGUCAGUCCCAGACUGCACCUCGGAGGCAGGGGCGGAAUCUGCAGCUGUCACUCCAAAAAGGUUUACCUCCAUUAUCACAUCCAGCCGAGGAGAGCCUGGACAAGAAGAAAACCAAGUGAUCCCUCUCUAGAAAUACAGGAGACACCAUGGGAGGCAAACUGAGCAAGAGGAGAAAGGGAUAUGAUGUGAGCGACCCCAAAGAGGCGAAGGAUGAGACCGCAGAGGUGGCUGCUGGUGCAGAGGAGUCUGCUAAAGUGGAGGAUGGCGCCCCACCCACAGACGCUGAGGUGACAGCUGAGGCAGGCACUGUGGUGGAGGAAGCUGUGGGGUCUGCUGUGGCGGCAGUAACUGAAGCUGCAGUAGCUCCAGAAGAGCCCAAAGCUGCACCUGCAGAGGAACAAGCUCCUGCAGCACCAGUAGAAGAACCAGCUGCAGCAGCAGAGAAGGCAGCACCAUCAGUGGAAGCAGCUCCUGCAGCAGAGAAGGCAACUCCAGUAGUGGAAGCAGCUCUUGCAGCUCCAGUAGUUGAAGCAGCUCUUGCAGCUCCAGUAGUUGAAGCAGCUCUUGCAGCUCCAGUAGUGGAAGCAGCUCUUGCAGCUCCAGUAGUGGAAGCAGCUCCUGCAGCUCCAGAAGAACCAGCUGCAGCAGUAGAGGAGGCCACUCCAGCAACAGAGGAACCAGCUCCAGUAGAGGAACCAGCUGCAGCAGUAGAGGAGGCCGCUCCAGCACCAGAGGAACCAGCUCCAGCAGCAGUGGAGUCAGCCCCAGUAGUAGAGGAACAGGCUCCAGUAGAGGAACAGGCUCCAGUAGAGCUCCCAGAGGCUCCAGCAGCAGUAGCAGAAGAACCCUCUGCUCCAGCAUUAGAAGAACCUGAGCCAAGUGAGGUUGAGAUUGCAGCAGCUGCACCCGAAGAGCUCGCUGUAGAAGAACCUGCUGCAGCUGUAGAAUCUGUGCCAGAACCAGAGGUUGUUCCCGUCUGCACAGAGGAGGCACCCGAGGACCAAGAGCAAGAGCCCAUCCCAGAGACUGUUACCGAACCAGAAGCCACUGAACCCGAGCCAGUUGCUGAACCAGUGCUGGAGCAGGCCCCAGAACCAGAGCUUGAGGCAGAGCCAGAACAAGAACCAGAGCCAGAAUCAGUGGAAGAACCCGAGCCAGAACCUGAACCAGAGCAAGCACCAGAGCCAGAGCUGGAACAAUCAUCAGAGCUAGAGCCAGAGCAAGUACUACAGCCAGAGCCUGAGCAAGAGGCUGAUGCAGAGGAAUACGCAGCAGAGGAACAAGUAGAAGAAGUUGAGCCCGAACCAUUUGUAGCCACAUCUGACAUUGAGACCGCGGAAGCAGAAGCAGAAGCAGAAGCACCUGAGGUUUUGGAGUCUGCACCAGAGGAGGUCCCCACUGAACCUGAAGAAGAGGAUGCCUCCAGCACUGAGGCAGAAGCUGAGCCAGAAGCAGCAGAAACCGUCCCAGAGAUCGUCAUCUCAGAGUCCGUCUCUACUAGCGAAAUCACUGCUGAGUCUGAAGAGGUAGCUGAAGCUUCUCUGGAUGAGGUGCCUUGCCCAGAGCCUGAGGUAGAAAGCAAGAUGGAAAAUGGAGAUAUAGAAAGCCCUUCUGUUACAGAGGAUGCGGCACUUCCAGCUGUGAAUGGAGAUUCUAAUUCUGCCGCUACACAGACAGAGGAAUGUGUUAACGGUAGCGAGAAGCCAGAGGAGACGACUUUCAAGAGGCAGAUUGACUUUGAACUGAAAAAGGAGGUGAGCCUGAAUCUGGAUGUCCAGGAAGUUCUCGAUGCGGUCCCCGACAUGACCGAGGGUCUCAGCACUGAGCUCACCCAGGCAGUCUGAAAAAAGAAGCCAUCUUUCAAAUCAAUGUGAAUCCAGUUUAAUCCUCCGAAGGUGCGAGAAAGCCAUCAAGGUAUCACAAACACAGCUAGGCUUUCUGGAAAGCUGUAACGACCGCAAUGUCUAUAGUGGUAACUCAGGCAAAAAGAUAUUUUCUUUUGAGGAACCAAAAAUGAAAUGCAACCACUUCAGGAUAGAAAGAGACAGAGAGGGAGAGAGAGAAGAGAGAUGGACGUGCAGAGAGGAGACUUGAGUUUGGAAUUGGAGGGGAAGUGCAGACCGAGUGAAACUGGACAGCAGAGCAAAAAUACUGGACAGUAAAUGUGAUAUUAAUGAAUGGAUACAUGAAUAAAUCUGUCUUUGUGUGAGCGCCCGAUUAAUAUUACAAAGUGGCUUAUUGGAACAGCAUUCAUUAUUAGUAUAUUAUCUGAUUUAGAAUGUCAUAUAUCCUUUCUAUUACUAUAUGCAGAGACAUGACAUAACUGUUUUGGCCUUUUAUAACAAUGGUACCUGUGAGGACUGUUCAUUUUAAAUUGAUGAUUGUUCGGAAUAGAGAAUAAAAAGAGAUUGUUAUAGCCUA